AUGAAUGUCCACAGCUGUCCUCUCUUGGGCCAGCUGCUACAUCAGAUCAGCAAUUCCUCUGAGGCAGCUGACUUUCGAGUUCAGAAUGUCUGGCUUGAGAAAGAAAUCCAAGAUCUUGAAAAGGCUGAACUGCAAAUCUCCGCCAAUGAAGAGGCAAUUCUAAAGAAGCUAAAAUCGAUCGAGAGGACUACAGAAGACAUAAUAAGAUCUGUGAAGGUGGAAAAGGAAGAAACCCCAGAAGAGUCAAUCGAGGAUAUCUAUGCUAAUAUCCCUGACCUUCCCAGUUCCUACAUACCCUCCAGAUUAAGAAAGGAAAGAAAUGAAGGACAAGAUGACGAUGAUCAAAAUAGAAAAGCUUUGUAUGCCAUGGAAAUUAAAGUUGAAAAAGAUUUAAAGACUGGAGAGAGCGUUGUUCUGUCUUCAAUACCGCUCCCAUCAGAUGACUUUAAAAGUACGGGAAUAAAGGUGUACGACGACGGACAGAAGUCCGUCUACGCAGUCAGCUCCAAUCAGAACACAACCUACAAUGGCACCGACGGGCUCGCGCCUGUCGAGGUGGAGGAUCUCCUAAGGCAAGCCUCAGAGAGGAACUCUAAAUCACCCACAGAGUACCAUGAGCCUGUGUAUGCCAAUCCGUUUUGCAGGCCCAUGACUCCACAGAGAAAAGUAAGCCCUGGACCAAACUUUCAAGAAAGGAUAAUGAUGAAAGCUAAUGGACUGGGGAACCGUGCAAUGGAAUCCACAUACAAUAUGAAUGAUGGGCUUUCAGAGCGUAGAAGCAAUGGUCCCACUCAAGCCAACCUGACGCCAACACCUCAGCCCCGAUCAAUAAUGGUUCAGCAGCAAGCAGAAGAGACGGUCGACAGCCGGCAAAUGAGGACAGAGACUCCUUGGGAAGAAUCCAGCAUCAGGCAGAAUGAACAUGAGGUUUCUCCAACGAUGGGACUGAGCCCCAACAGAGCAAGCCCUGGGAAGUCACGACCCCAGAGUUCUUCGCCUGCUUGCCAGGAGGAGGAGGCAGAAGAUGUCAGAUACAACAUCGUUCAUUCUCUGCCUUCUGACGUGGAUGACACAGAACCUGUGACGAUGAUUUUCAUGGGGUAUCAACAAGCAGAUGAGAAUGAGGAAGAAAAGAAGCUUUUGACCGGGUAUGACGGGGUCAUCCAUGCUGAGCUGGUCGUGAUUGAUGAUGAGGGGGAGGAGAAUGAAGGACAAGCUGAGAAGCCGUCCUACCAUCCCGUAGCUCCCUGCAAGCAGAUUUACCAGCCAGCCAAACCAACCCCACUUCCCAGAAAGCGAUCGGAAGUUAGUCCUCAUGAAAACACCAACCAUAAAUCUCCCCACAAAAAUUCCAUAUCUCUGAAAGAGCAAGAGGAACGCUUAGGCAGCCCUGCCCACCGCUCUCCCCCGGGUGUUCCACUAGCUGGAGAUGGGACUGAGGAUCCUUCUUUAACAGCUUUAAGGAUAAGAAUGGCCAAGCUGGGGAAAAAGGUGAUCUGAGAGCCAUAGUGCCACCUGAAUAGCCUUUGAAGAAGAAGCCAAGAAAUGCCUGACACUCUCUCUUCUGAAUACUUU